AUGGGAAAGUUGAAGUUGUUCAAGUUAAUAAAUAACGACUUGUUGGCAGAUAUCUUUGGGUUAAGAAGAUCAAUUCGACGUGGUAAUAUGAGUCAAUUUGCUAAGCUUGUGUGUUUGGGUAACCCAUUGUUGGAUUACCAAGCUACUGUGACGUUAGAGUACUUGGAAAAGUAUUCUUUGAAGAGCAAUGAUGCUAUUUUAGUUGAUGCAAGUAGCGGCGAUCAGAAGAUGAAGAUCUUUGAGGAAUUGCUGGAAUACCCAGAUGUGAAAUUUGUUGCUGGUGGGGCAGCGCAGAACACAGCUAGGGGUGCGGCAUAUGUUUUGGGUCCUGGUAAGGUUAGUUAUUUUGGUAGUGUUGGUAGGGAUGUCUAUGCGGACAAGUUAUUGGAAGAGAAUACGAAAGCUGGGAUUUUGUCAUUGUACCAAGUCCAAGAGGAUAUUGCGACUGGUAAGUGUGCUGCGUUGAUUACCGGACAUGACAGAUCUUUGGUGACUGAUUUGGGGGCUGCCAAUCACUUUAAACCAGAACAUUUGGAUGCGCACUGGGAACAUGUUGAGAAUGCCGAAUUGUUCUAUGUUGGUGGGUUCCAUUUGACUGUAUCACCAGAAGCGAUUAUUAAAUUAGGUAAACAUGCUCAGGAGACUGGUAAGCCUUUUGUGCUAAACUUGUCAGCUCCAAUGAUUCCCCAGUUCUUUAAAGAUGCAUUGGAACGCGUGUUGCCAUAUACAACCCAUGUUAUUUCUAACGAAUCCGAAGCAGCAGCUUACUGCGAAUCCUUUGGGUUGGAAUGCGCUAAUGAUGACUUGGUUUCUAUUGCCAAUCACAUUGUCGGUGAUUCUCCAAGGAGAACCGUUAUUUUCACUCAUGGUUUGGAGCCAACUGUCUGUGUUUCUGCUUCUGGCCAUGAAUUCUUCCCUGUUCAACCUUUAAGUUCGACAAAUAUUGUAGAUACCAAUGGUGCUGGCGAUGCGUUUGCCGGUGGUUUCAUGGCUGCCUUGACGGAGGGUAAAGAUCUAAAGACGGCUAUUGCUAUGGGACAAUGGUUAGCCGCAUUAUCGAUUCAAGAAGUCGGCCCUUCAUAUCCUGCUACAGUGUUCCAAUUUGAGGCCUGA